UUCAUCAUCAUCAUCAUCAACAGCCUAUCCUAGUCCACUGCUGGACAUAGGCCUCUCCAAUUGCACGCCACUCAGGUCGAUCUUGGGCUACUCGCAUCCAGCUUCUGCCAGCCACCUUCGUCACUCCAGCCAGCACAAAUCGUCACUCCAUCGUGCCUGAGGACACUUGAUAAUAUCUAUUCCCUUUAUUUAUAUUCUAUGUUCAGUCGAAAGGAGUUUCAAUUAUCAUUGAAAACAUCCUUUUUUUCUGUUAUCUUUUUUUCUCUCUUCUCCACUCCAGUAUUAAAUUCAACAAAGCAUCAUCGGUGUAUAUGCAACUAUUGUUCUCAAGAAAAUACUAUAUUUAAUUAUGGACAUUCAGAACUUGGCCAUUUUCAAAGUUAUCAGUAAUUACAUAAAUAAAUCCUAUUUUAAGCACAUUUAUGAGACUAUGUCAAAUGACACUCACAUAAAUUUCAUAUUUUCUUGGAUUGCAAAAAAAAAAUAUCUCUACUCAUCUGUUCCAAAGAUAAACAUGCACUAAAGAUGUUAUCAUGAAAGCUAAUCAUGUUUCUAUCUUCUUUUGGCUUUAAACAAUUAACAAAGAUGAAAUGAUGCUUUAAACAAGAUUAGCCCCUAAUUUAAUUUUAAAAUAUUAAUGCAAGUGGCCCUAUUUUGCAUUUAUAAAUAUGGCAAAAAUCUCCUUUACAUGGAACUUUAAUAUUGAUAGUGUAUUCAACAGUUGAUGUCGGGACUUCCUGUUCAUUUUCCUUAUUAGUUACUUAUUUAUAUAUAUUACUCAUUUUCAAGGGCGUCAAUCCAUUUCAUAAAUAUUAUACUUCAAAUAUUUGAUAUUAAUUCAGCAGCAACGCUCAGAAAUCUAUAUAUAUAUAUAUAUAUAUAUAUAUAUAAAACUCAAAGGUAUCAGACUGACUGACAUAGUGAUCUAUCAACGCACAGCCCAAACCACUGGACGGAUCGCGCUGAAAUUUGACAUGCAGGUAGAUGUUAUGACGUAGGCAUCCGCUAAGAAAGGAUUUUGAUCAAUUCUAUCCCUAAGGGGAUAAAAUAGGGAAUGAAAGUUUGUAUGAAACUUUGUCAAUUUUAAACCGAUCGGGCUGAGACUUUGCAUGCAGGUACAUAAUAAUAAAAAAAUCAUAGAUGAAUGUCAUUGUGUAUAAUACAAGCCUGAGAACAAAAACUAUAGUCUACACUUCAGCUCUACACCGAAGCGAAGUGAGGGCGGGCCGCUAGUCAAAUAUACAAUCAUAUUUUAUUAACUGGCUCAUAUAUGUUUAUUUCUAGUUGCUAAAAGUAAGCUGCUCCCAUUAUACAUCUUUUAUUUCCAUUUUGCACCAGCCAAAAUGAUGUAAGAAAUGUUUUACAAAAAACAUAAUACCCUAUGCCGUCAUGUUUUCUUUCAUCAGAUAAACAUCUAUUCAUUACCAUACAAAGUUAAGGAUUACUGCUUUUUAAAAUCGCCAAUCGCAGUUCGCAAUUACAAGUGGUUAUUAAGAGCGACGGUUUAGAAUUCGUUGUUCGUUUGUAAUUAGUUGCGGACGGGACGAUGGACAAAAUGUUCCUUGGUUUCCUUGUGCUGUUACUGAAUUAUUUAUGUUUGUGUUACGGGAAAGAAGCAUCGGAUAUUAUUGGGCACACAAUCAUCGCUUGCCACUCGACAGACUUCGAAUGCUUCAAGCGGCAGUACAAAGCACUAUGUCACGACUUUCUACUGGGCAGCCCACAGCUGGGCAUAGACGAAUACUCCCCGUUCUACCUCCGGUAUGGAGCUUCUGGCACCUGCAUCAGGAUAUCCGGCUUCGAAGAAAGCGAGCUCAAGGGCAUAUCUUUGAACAAUGGUGGUCGGUACUUCAAGAUUAUCGUGGAGACGCCCUUCAGUCUCCACCAGUUGAUGUUUCAGAACCUUCAGUCUUGUAUUCUACCUGAACGUGAAUUUCUGGUAAUGACGAAGCAUACAGGUCCGUUAAAAAAAUAUACUGGAAAUGCCACAAUCCAGGUGACCUUCCCGUUCUAUGUGAAGAAGAAGAAAGGGAAGACGUACAUGAUCCUCGGCGAGGAGGGCGUCGACGUGGUGCUGGACAUCCUCGACUUGUCGAGCCUGAAGGAGGGGACUAAUGAUGAGAAGCUGCGGUACCAACAAUCUGAAUGGGCUUACGACGUAGUGCAGCACGUUAACGUAGCAGAGCGUUUCGUGCUGCCGUUUACGGGACAACUACGAGCCUUCUGCUCCAAAGUUCCUUUAGAGAAAUAUCUACUUCUGUAUCCAGAGGAAGACUACACGAGUGUUUAUUUCAAAUAUUCGGAAACUACAUAUUUUGACACCAAAGACUUCAAAGAUAGGAACAAAGCGAACAAGAGCGACUGAUUCUAAAUUGACAUCUUUUGUAAAUAAAAGAACAGUUGUUGAUUAUGUUACAUCUAUACUUAUAAUAAAUCUGUAGAGAGGUCAAUUCUGUACAUGAAAUAUAUUUUCAAAAUAACUAUCAGGGGGUGAUUAGUGAUCGAUACUGAUGCCAAAAAUGCAAUCAGUAAAAUUUUUGUCUGUCUGUCUGUCUGUGUGUAUGUUCCUUAUAGAAACAAAAACUACUCGACGGAUUUUAACGAAACUUAGUACAAUUAUUCUUCAUACUCCUGGGCAGGUUAUAGUAUACUUUUCAUCACGCUACAAUCAAUAGCAGCAGAGUAGUGAAGGGAAAUGUUGGGAAAACGGGAGAAGUGACUCCAUUUUUUAAGCUUCCGUCGCGUGUGCAGCCUUAAUGGUUAAAGUUACAUAGAAAUCAUGUAUAACGGAAAUAUUCUACAUAAAAUUGUCUAAAAAUAUCCCGCAACAGCAUAUGUGUAUCUUUUAUGGUUGACUCACAAUAACACGUGUAAUUAUAUAAAUAAAGUCAUUGUUUAUAGCACAAGCCUGAGAACAAAAACUAUAGUUUACACUACAGCUCUACUCCGAAGCGAAGCGAGGGCGGGCCACUAGUAUUUAAUAAACUUGUUAUUGAUAAGCUAAUUUUGAACAAAUGCAUUUAGAUUAGUCGGAAGAACAUCAAAGUGUUUAUCAGCAUCAGUUAAAAUUAUACCUAUACGAAAAUAAAAGAGGUGGUUAUUCAAAUCUCAAAAAGUCUGUAAGCUACUUAAGUAAAUAAAACACCGAAAUCUGUGGCAAAAGUUGCCUAUUUUGUAGUGUUUGGGUACGGCCAGAGUGCACUCAGAUUCAGAUUCAGACUCAGGAAACAAGCGCGAGAAAUAUACAAUGUAGUUUAAGCAGGUUGCCUGCUGCCACUAUGGCCACCCUGCUUUAACUACACUGUUUAUUUCUCGCGCUUGUUUUCUGAGUCUGAAUCUGAAUCUGAGUGCACUCUGGCCGUACCCUUUGUUUUUAAACAGGGCGUGACAGUGACGUGACACCCAUAUUACUGACACACGUAGGACAGCUGUUUUGUCUAUGAUAGUGAAUCGCUUACGUCAACGUAGCUGUCAAACUUCAUUGAUUGGGUUGAUAGCAUUGAAGGAAUAGUUGCUUUUUUUUCAUUCGACUCAGAAUUCGACUUGAGACUUAUAAAAAAAAAGAAAGAAGUGGAUCUCUGUUGGUGCGUGUGGAUGGGUGGAUGGAGUUUGCCAGUUGUUGAAAUUUGAAUUAUUUUUUCCCAUAUCGAUUUGAGUUCUCAAUAGGGCGUUUUUUUGACUCGAUUUUGAAUUUUAAUAGAAAUUGAAUUUCCUCGCUGAUUUUGGUAGGUAUUCUGUUUUCCUCCGCUUACGGCGAGCAUAGUUAUAUAUGGGUUUGAGUUGUUACGUUAUCUCGUCUCGAAUGCAGCGGCUGCCUGUUUAACUGUGGCCUUUGCCUUCAGUUGGAGAGAGAAAAAAUCAUAGACACACAUUUGGGAGUUGAUGGUCUUUCUCUAUGCUCAGGUGUCAAAACAACAUUCAAAAAUUUCGACAAUAAAUGUGCCAUGGUUUUGUAUUCUGAUUUACUACAAAAUAAUAUUGAACUUAAGUAUAUUCAAAAAACAAACUAAAUACCGUGAUUCAGAACUUGCAUAGAAAAAUAUUAAACACAACAGUAACGCCAUCUAUCGAUGACUUUGCUAAUUAAAUAAUAUUACUACAAACCUAACAGUGGUCAAAUUCAACUAUCAGGCUGGAGGUUGUAUUGAAGUUGUAUUUAUUUUCAUGUACUUGUUAAAUUACAGCUAUUUAUUUUUGCACUUGUACAACAAUAUCUGAGCUAGACUCGGCAGAAAAAUAAGAAACCCCAAACAAAAGCUUUAAUAUAAUAAAAAUCCACUCGAACCUGGCAUAAGUCUGGAAGAAAAACAAUAUGUCCAUCAAGGGCUUUAGCACGUUCGGAACUAUAAUUUCAUGAAAUUGCUGUAAAUUUUCUAGUGAAACUUUUAAUAACGUUAAAAACUAGAAAUUUGAUGGUUUGAUUUAAAACAUUAGAAAAACACCUUAACAUAAUUAAUUCUCCUGACUCAGAACUACUAAGCAUACAUUUCUUUUAUUUUACUCAAGCGUCAAGCUGAAAUCGUAUCUUUCAAUCAGUUUUUCUCUAGAAAUUUUAAGUAACAAGGUAAUAAAAGCGUGUAAAAAAUCUAAGCUUCUUUCUAAGAACAUGGAAUCUUGUAAUAAAAUUUUGUUGAAUACCCGCUUUAGGGUGUGGAUAGUAGGUAUUUCAAAUUUCGAGCCGAGUCUCAUGUAUUUUAGGCUACUAACAUAAAUAAACAUAAUGUGGUAUGUCAUAAAUUAUACAAUUAAAGUUACCUGACAAUGCCCUAUGGUUCACGUAAGGUUUUACCCCUUUUAGACAUGAUUAAAUACAAAAAACCGCAAGAAAUCACAACAACAAACAAAUACGUAUCAAUACAAAACUUUGACGUUUUACAGAUUGCUGGGUUUGAUUGCCAAAUAAAAAUCUUAAUGUUAGUUCCGUUUUUCGCCACGCCCAUUCUCUUUCCGCACAGACUCUAUUUCCAAUAUUAUUGAGUAAUUUUCAUAUGUAAAAGACACUUUAAACACACAAAUAAUAUAAGUAGUUGCGAGAGAUCACUUGCGUAUUACCUUCCAUGACCACUAGGUAUUGUGUGACACUUUAUUAAAUAAAACAGAGAGAAAAUAAUAGCCCUUGCUGAGUUACUAGCCGGUUCUUCUCUGGCUAAGUUCGUAGACUUGCGAACCCAUAGCAUAGCGUUCGAAGAAAGAACCAACUUGCAAUAGCUUAAACUGAUUGAUUGAAUUUGAGUUUAGGUUUUCUAGAACCUGGUAUCAAAAGCAUAAUAUGCCUAAUAGAUUCAAUCAAUCAAUCAAAUACUUUCUUUGUGAUACACUGGUUAAAAGUUACAUUGGAGUUCAAAUGUGCAGCCUUGAUCAGCCCCAUUUAAUAAUAAAAAAAAAUAAUAAUAAUAAAAAAAAAAUAUAAAUUAUAUUAUAUUUAAUAUAAUUUAUGCAGAACAAUUCAACGUAAUGUCCAUUUGUCCAUUAUCAAAUAAUACGCUCGCACUUUCACGAAAACGUAAAUCCACUAAAAUGUCGAAAAACAUUUCGAAUCAAUAGAAUAAUUAAGAGUCCUUUCACAUUUUUUCCAUAAAAUCGUAAUUUUUGAACGCCUCGUUUAGCCCCUUAGAAGAGAUUUUGACUAUUGCCAAUAGAAGAAAACAGUAGAUUUAUUCUUCCUAUUGUAAGUGAAUGUUGAAUAAGUAUUUGCAAAUACUAUUUUACUGAUCGUUCUACCGCAGCUAGUUUACGGAAACAACGAUAAUAUGCACAACUUUAAACACCUGAAUCUCUGAAUAAUGUUCAAUAAAUUAGAUCAAAUUAAUUACUACCCAUCAGAAAUAAGUUUUUGUUGUAACGUAAUGUAUUAGAAUUUUGAUUUUCCAUCUCAUUAAUUAUCAAAAAAAACAUCUAAUUUUUUUUUUAUUAAUAUGUUUUACGGCUCUGGAUUCUAAAAACAUCUAACCUCGUAUUUUGAUAUUGAAUUUAAUAAUCUAACAUCAUUGAACUACUGAAAUAUGUAUAUAUUUUUAUAAUUAGUUCAUUAACAAUUAUUUUAUAAGACUCGAAACAUCACCUGUAAAGUGCAAUAUAUACUAGUGCAAAUCUACCUAUGCGCCGAUUAGUACGGCAGCGGCGCAAUUUUGUAAAAGGGCUCUUAACAAUAAUAAUGUCGAUAAUAGGACACUCAGAUUGAUUGAUAGAUGAGACUAAGUCCCACUUGUUAGCAAAGUUCUUCAAAUUAAGGCUUUAUCGUGUUAAGCCUUAGAUCAUAUACAUAUUAUAUAUAUCAUAUUUUCGUUUUGUGUGCAAUACCUACCUCGUCCCCCGCUAAAAAUGACGGAAAAUUUUGUUCGGCGAGUGUACGGUAUGGCAUCUCCAUCUGUUUAAGAUCUAAGUGUUUAACACAUUAUUCCGUAUUUGUCAUUUUUUAACAGGUAAAUAGAGAUAGAAUGAGACUUAAACAUGAUUAGCUUUAAAUAUGAAUUAGGAAUUUGGUGCAGAGGCCCAAAUGUCAGUUUACUCGUAGCACCUGGUAGCAUAAGCAUCUAUAGUUCUUGUUGGCCGCUAAGCAUUCAGGCUGGCUAAUAUUACGCUUUAUAGAUAUUAACGGGAUUGUUACCAUGUACCUUGUUUUUUAU